AUGUCAUACAUGUGGAAACUCUUCCAUUUCGAGAAACUCUACAAGAAGGCGACUAUUGGUCAACAAUUCUUUAGUGAUACUUUUUAUUCUCCCUCUAACUCCCGCAAUCAUUUGCCAUACGCUUGGCGUAUCAUUCUCGAUCCCAAAACAACUCGUGUCUCAAAUGCAAUAGGGUUCUUUCUUGAGGCGUUUAAGACCGUGGACGAACAAAAAGAAGAGUUGAAAACACGAGAGCUCGGAUUUGAUUUCAUUGUAUAUCGAUUGGACCUACCGACCACACCCGAAUCGAAAGAAAAAAAAUGGACCAUGCUUGCUCAACAAGACUGCCCUCAUCAAUCUUUUGAUUAUUCUGGAACUAAGAGCUGGGGGUUCGGUGAGCUCUUGAAAGUCGAAAGUAUUUGGCCGCAUAAUGACCAAACAGCCGAAGUUGAUUUAAUGGUUAAAGUGACUGUUCAGAAACCCCAAGAAACUUUUUCUUCAUUUUCAGGCAUCACCCAUGGGGAUGAUGAAUGGAUCGAUCAGAAAGAAUUUUCCGAUAUUACAUUCACCUUUCCUCAAGGUGAAAAGAUUCACGCCCACCGCCUGAUCCUUUCCAAACGAUCCGAAUAUUUCAAUAAAAUGUUUAUGGGACUUUGGAAUGAAGCAGAUUCCGAUACGAUUGCCAUUAAAGAGGUUUCAUACGAGACAUUUUAUGCCCUCAUCUAUUAUCUUUACACGAACAAAUUGAAAGAAGGAUUAUCUAAUGAAACCUUAGUAGAGCUGUAUGAGCAGGCUCACUUGAGACUCCUAACUUCGCUUUCUGAAGCACUGAUCAGCCCCCUGCUCCAUUACGCAAACGAUGAUAACUGGGAUCACUUGUAUUCUUUAGCGUGGAAAUUUGAACAUGCGACGUUGCAACAAGCUGUGAUGAAUUUUGCGGAGAAGCGCUGGAAUCUCGCAGUCAAAACUGAGAAUAUGAAACGAAUUCUACAGUGGGGCGGUGUAAAAGCUCUCGAAAAACUUUCCUCGGCGAAAAAUCUUCAUUACCCAACUAAAUACUAUGAUGAACACGACGAUGAAAUCUCCUUUACUUAA